AUGAUGGCACGGACUCUUCUUAUAGCUGAGCAGCGGUUACGAAUCGACCCCGAUCACUACAUCAUAUACUACUUCCUCUGUGAUGUCUGCUGGGCACCACAUGAUCCAACAACUCUUUAUGAGCUUGAUAGUCCUUCCUGUCCAAAACCUGAGUGCUCGGGCCUUCUAUACAGCGUCAAAGUACUCACUGGCGGUAAAUGCAAACGAACGCCUCUAAGGGUCCUUCCAACGGUGCCCAUCAUCCCAAUGAUUCAACAGAUUUUGCUUUGGCCUGGUAAGUACCAGGAGUUUCAAUACUGGAGGUUACCUAGGAUCGACAAAGUCAGCGAGGUACCACCCAUGGAAGCGCUGACGGACCUGCUUAAUGCAUAUGACAAUGUCCACUGGGUCUUGAGUGACAUCACUGAUAGUUGGGGCUGGCGUGCCAUGGCGUGGGGUCUGGAACAGCGCAAGGUCAGUAGUGCUGUGUCUCAGUGGGGUGUGGACGACAUGUUAGUGCAGGAGAAACGACAAAGGUUCGUUCUCCCCAACGAAACGCUCGCGCGCUUACUUGACCGGCGCAAUGUAUGUUACCAUCCUCAAUAA